AUGAACACCUCUUUAUAUUUGGAUGAUUUGUGUAGAUACGAGCUGUUUGUGCCAUUGCACGAGCUAUGGACGCAAUAUAUAAACGAGUUGUAUGGAACAUCGAAUUCGUUUGGGUUUGCGCAAAAACUACUGAAAGCUGAUUUGCAUGGAGCUAUCAUGACAGUCUCUAAAUCAAAGUGUGCAUCGUACAUUGGCGUUUCUGGCAUAAUGAUUCAGGAGACAGAGAACAUGUUCAAGAUAAUAACUUCUUCUGACGAGCUUAAAAAUAUUCCCAAGGGCCACAGUGUAUUUACAGUCAACAUACGCGAUACUGUAUUUAGCAUUUACGGAGAUCAAUUCAGAUGCAGAGCAGCUCUCAGAGCAACGAAGAAAUUUAAAAAUAAACCGAGUAUUGAUUUGUGA